AUGCAGGGUCACCCUCUGCAUCGCCCAGGCCCAAGCCUCCGUCGUCUGAAACCCCAGCUAAUGCACGAGUCCCUCACGGGUAGUAGAAGACGGGAUGUGAUAAAGUGCAUUGUCAAGGUUCCUCAGUUGGAUUUACUAAUAGCAGCUUCUCAGAGAGGAUUAAUCACAGUCUUUAACAGCCAGAUGAGAGUGCAGGCCAGCACCACUGUCACAAUCUUUGGAUAUUUCUCCUCUGAAGAAGAUGCUCUUGCUUCCCAGAUGGAUGAAGAAAACUUGGUUUUCCUCGUGUCUAGAAAACAGCGAGUUAAUGAUAUUGGGGGUUANUCCUCCGCAAAGGUUUUCAGGGUGUGGGAUAUACAGACUCUUUCUCUACUACAAGUCUUCCAUGACAGCCAGGGACGAGCAGGAGACAUGCAGAUUUAUUCCAUGAUAUAUGAUUCCAGCCACGGCAUGCUUAUCACAGGAUCUAAUGUUAUCGACAUGUAUCCUUUGACUCGGAUCAUACAAGAUACAAAACAGAUUCCUCACACUCAUGAACGAGAAAUCAAUGUCUUGCUUUACAACAAAUAUUUUCACCAAGUACUUACUAUCUGCUCUGAAUCCAUAAUUAAGGUGUGGGAACUUGAGACUGGCAUCCAAAUAUUCCAGAUUUUAGAACCUCAUGGCUUCAAUGUUGAACUGACUUCAGCAGCUAUUGAUGAAAGUGGAUUUCUUUUUGCCACAGGAGCAUAUAAUGGUCAGACUGAUAUCCAGAAUAUGGAAGAUGAUAUCUGUCUCGUGGUGAUAUGGGAGCUGCCUGACAUUAUGCCUGUCCUACGAGGUGGAAAUCACAUUGUGCAUCUGAAGAUGUCUACUAAAGAUAGGAGCAUGACUAUUCCAUUCCCAGAGGUCAAAUUGAUAGUUGAGAAAAACUUUCCUCAACAUGUUAAUCUCAUUAAAUUUCCAAUAGCUGAGCAAGUAGAUGUCAUGGUGGGAGAGCAACAGCUAGUGGACAAAAAACACCCUGAAGACACCAGCGUGGCAGAUGCCCAGCCACCUAUCCUUGUCACUGCACACGAGGACGGACACCUCCGCCUUUGGACUAUAGAGGUAAUGAGGCACGUAUUUAUUUGGAAUAGAAAAUGGUACAGACCUGAAGAUUGCUUCAUUGUAGACCCUGACUUGGAUCCCAAACGCUUUAGAAUUAAUGACAUACUGUUCCUCUUUCGUACCCCUGAAUGUGCAAGACUUGAUGUGAGAAAAUUCACCCACCCAUGUUCCCCUCCAAAUCCUUACUCAUCCUUCAANUAUUUUGGACAGAGAAGGCUCUUUGACAUAUCAGUGACAAGUGAUUUCAUUUUGCCUUGUGAUGUUAAUGAAUGUCCCAUAGAAAUAAAAGAAGAAAACAAGUUCACAGAGAAGAAACAAAAAUAUGAAUAUCCUCUGGUAUUUGACCAACAAAGAAUACACAAGAGAAAAAGCAGGUCUGAAGAAAAAGAUAGUGAGUUUGGUUUUGGACAGGUUCCAAGCCCCACUAGUCUAAGAUUCCUCCCACUCAUUGGUUCAGAGGUACAAAGGGAGCCUUCAGAUGGCAUUCCUGGGAAGAAAGGUCAUGUUCAACAUGAAAAAACACAACGGAGGAGAAGUCUUAAAAAGCAUUUACCACAAAUAAAUCUGGCUUCUGCCUUCUUCCCAGUUAUCCCCAAAUAAGAGAGAAAAAUCAGAAGUGGCUGCUGUGGCCUGGGCUGCACAUGAAAUGGCAAGACGUGAAUGAUACUUCAGUCUUGAUUUCCGGAUGAAACCAGACAAUGUCACCAUCUCUGCAUCCUCAGGCCAUUCCAUCAAUGGAGAAGAUUGCUCGAAGAGCUCAGGUGGCCUCAGCCCUGAAAACCAACAAGCAGCAAGCAGCCAGGUGGCCAUCUUACUUCAUACAUUCAAAUCCACUUAAGAAAUAUGCAAUGUUCUUGUUUACUGUUAACAAAAUGACAAAAGCGUAAGUAGACCUAAAAUAAUACGGUCAUAAAUGACUGGCUCUCCACCUCCCAGCAUUGUUCACUCUAAUUCAUAACCACAAUCAUUAUCAGAAUGUAUGCAAUAAGAGGCAAACUACUUGUGUGCCAUGCUAUGUGGUAUACAAAAAAAACUAUUAUUAAAAAAAAAAAUGUGCCAGUCAAGCUUCUAGCUAUUUGUAUUCUUCAGUUAGGGGAAUUUCACAUGAAAGAAAAUUUCUUAAAGUCCAAGGUUAUUUACAUUUAGCCUAGAAAUGACUCCAGAUAAAUAGAACUUGGAUGAUAAUCUGAACUUUCUAGGGUUUAUUGUUUAUUAAUUCUUUUCUUAUUUGAUUUUGGUACUCUGACCAAAUGAUUAAUUUUACUAAUGGGAACUCCUGUAAAGAAUGAAAGCAUUUAAAUUUGACCAAUAAUAAAUGAGAUUUUAAAUAAGUCAAAGGCAUGAAGAAAGCAUCAGAAUUCAAGCCUGUGGAUUGCCUGACCUAGGCCUCUUUGGGAAAUGAUUUAGAGCUCUGAAUAAUAAAAAGCAUUCACAUGUCAAGGGUUAGUCUACUUCCCCCAAAGCACCAGGCCACUUGGUAAGAAAAAAUUGUGGUCCCCUAUCAUUUAAUUCUGUCUUUCCAUUCUGGGAAGGGCUCUAUAAUUCUUAAAAUCCCAGCAACUUUAGAAAAGUAAGGACUGUUUUUUAUUCAGAUAAACUUUAAUUACACAUUUCUUUUUAUGUUUAUUUCUAUGUAUGUACUCAUUUUUGUUGCUCAUGGGAAUGUGAUCAUUUCUCCUAUGAAUGUUCUUUUUAACUUUUUUCUUCAUGUAUUUUAUAUUUUUAAAGAAUUUGUAUUAA